AUGUCUCAAGACCCAUUGGCUAAUGAUAUGGCCAAUUUAAAUUUGGAACAGAAUGCUCCACGACUAGCCCAAACUCCACUUGUAACAAAGAAACACAGAAGACCAAACAGGGCAUUUCAUAAGAUUGGUAGUACCGUGGGCGCCGCCGCUGGAAAUUUCAGUGCACCCAGUACCCCAAAAAUGAAUAACUUUGGCGCUUUUAAUAACGAUAUGUCCACCGAUGCUGUUAAUAGCCGGAGUUUUACACCUAUAACUCAAUCCCCUUAUUCCAAUAUUUCUGUUAUUGAAACCCCAUUAGUAGGGUCUACUAAUAGUCAAUUAUAUCAACAACCCUCACGAGUAUCUUCUUCUGCUCCCAUGCAAACAUACGACAAUUAUCAAACUACUUCACAUAUUAUUGCCACACAAAGAUGGGAAGACCAACUUCAAUACUUACAAACCACUUUCGAAACCGCAAACCAAUCCAUUAUCCCUCUACCUUCAACUUCAUUUUACUGUGUAGAUCAGGGCUCAUCAGACCCACGUUUGAUGCGUUUAAGCAUGUACAACAUACCUGAAGAUGAACAUCUAAGAAGUGCUACAAAAUUGCCUCUGGGUAUUACCAUCCAGCCUUUUGCUUCAGUUUUACCAUCUGAAGAUAUUCCUGUGGUUAAGUAUGUUGACAACAUUGUCUUAGAUGAUGGGACACAAAACAUUAAAGAACCUUUGCGUUGUAAAAGAUGUCGUGCUUACAUUAACCCAGGUUUCAAAUUUAGCUAUGACUCUAGCGUUAUCUGUAACAUAUGUAAUGUGAAAAUAAAGAUCCCAAUAGACGAUUUCAAUGCAGUAAAUCCAGCUGGUUUGAAUGGUAAUCAAGUAAACAACACUGAGUUGAGUAAAGGUACUGUCGAUUUCCUAGUCCCUAAAAUUUACAAUGUUAUCAAGAAUGCUGACCCUCUUCCAUUACAUUAUAUUUUCGUUAUCGAUGUCACGUUGUUAGCUAAUGAAAAUGGUAAUUCAGUAGCCAUGAUAGAAGCUGUUAAGAAUUCUAUUGAAUAUAUAAAAGAGAAUCAAGAAAACUGUAAAAUUGCCAUUAUGGCCUUUGACAACAAAUUAAGAUUUUAUAAUCUAAGACCAGACUUGGAAGCCGCACAAGAAUAUAUCAUCAAUGAGAUUAAUGAUAUAUUUUUACCUAUUUAUAAUGGGCUUUUUGUCAAUCCACUAGAAUCUGAAAACAUCAUUAAUGAUACUUUGAAAAAAAUAUAUAAUUUUGUGGUUGGUGAUAAAUAUUGGCAUGUGGCUCAAAGUUGUUAUGGAUCCGCAUUGGAAGCCGCAAAAAUGGCUAUUGAUACUGUGACUGGUAAACAAGGUGGGAAAAUCAUUUGUUCAUUGAACUCUUUACCCACAAUUGGCAAAGGAAACUUAUCCUUGAAGAAGGAUGAUGCAAUUAAAAAACAUUUGAAUUGUGACAAUGAAUUUUAUCACCAUUUGGCUGAAGACAUGUUAAGAUCAUAUAUAUCAUUAGAUUUGUAUAUCACUACAAGUGGGUUUAUUGAUAUGGUUACAGUCACACAUCCAGCUACCUUAACUAGUGGUGUAGUUAAAUAUUAUCCACACAUUGUUUCACAUGAAGAAGAUUACUUAUUAAGUAAAGAUAUGAUAGACGAAAUCUCAAAGAUUGAAGGUUAUCAAGCGUUAUUAAAAACUCGUUCAUCAACUGGGUUAUCUAUAGAAUCAUAUUAUAUGGAAGCUGUAGAAUAUAGUAGCCGUGAUCCAAUCAUUCCAGUGGUCACUAAAGAUACCACUAUUGAUGUUUUAUUAAAAUACGAUAAUAAAUUGAAAGUUGGUACGGAUGUUCAUUUCCAGACUGCUCUAUUAUAUACUGAUAUCCAUGGUGUUAGAAAAGUCCGUUCUAUUAAUUGUAAUGGUGGUGUAUCCAAUAACAUUAUUGAUAUUUUCAAAUUUAUCAAUCAAGAUGCUGUUAUGAGAAUAAUCAUUAAAGACAUUAUUAGAACCUUAGGAUCUUGCGAUUUUAUCAACAUCAGAAAGAUUAUUGAUGAAAAAAUUAUAGAUGUUUUGACCCAAUAUAGAGCAUUGGUAAGUGGUUCGUCAUCAACUCAAUUAAUUCUUCCUGAUGCUCUAAAGACAUUACCAAUGUAUUUAUUAGCAUUUGAAAAGAGUAAUUUAAUGAAACCAAAUCAUCAAAGCACCAGAGGUAAUGAAAGAAUCAUUGAUUUGUUAAGAUAUAGUAUGUUCAAUCCAGCCAAAUUAAAUUAUAAAUUAUAUCCACAAAUAAUCCCAUUUCAUGUAUUACUAGAACAAGAAGAUUUAACAUUCUACGAUGUCAACGAAACAAUGCUUCAAUUGAGAAUGGAUACCGUUACAAAUAUUUCUACAAGAAACAGCCAUUCAUCUUUAGAGAACGGCGGCUGCUAUUUCAUUUUCAAUGGGGAAACAGUGUAUCUAUGGUUUAACGAGAACACAAAUAGAAUGUUAUUACAUGAUUUAUUAGGAGUUGAUCCAUCCCUUCCAAUCAAUCAAAUAUCUCUAUACUUCGGUUCAUUACCAGAAACUGGUUCUGAUAUUAACAUUAAGGCGGCUAAUGUCAUAAAAUAUUGGUGCACGGUGACAGGACAGACCUCUUUACCUUUGUUAUUACUAAGACCUAAUAUUGAUCAAAGCUAUAGUAGUGUGUCCUCAGAAAUAUUCUGUGAGGAUAAGACUAUUAACUUGAUAGAAAGUUAUGACAGUUACUUGAUGCAUUUACAUCGCAGGAUACAAGAAAAAAUUACCAAGGAAGAUUAUAUCAAGGUGUCCACAAAUUCCAAGAGUCAUGAACAUAUCCAUCAAAAAUUUGUGCAAUUUUAG